AUGAUCAGAGGAUGUCCAAAUCUUACCCAGUCGACGAUUUACGUUGUUGAGUUCCCCUCUCAAAUUACGUUCAGCUCUUACGUGUCUGAGUUUCUCCGAGACAAGCUAGGAGUAUGGCUUGAAGAUCAUGCAGAUGUCUCAGUAUCUAUUGUUGGUGUCACUACUCAAGCUGGAAGAUAUUUUGGUCAGUUCUACGACAUUGACAACGGAAACUCUACUUUACAACCACGUGGUGUCACUAGCAAAUCUAACAAAAUCAUGCCAAGAUUCGACUCACCAGUAAACAAACUAAAUAGAGAUCCUGAUAUUAAUGAUGCCAACUUCGAGGACGCAGACAUCAACGUUGAUGAGAAUAGAGCCUACUUUGAUUACUUAUUCUCCGACAAAGAGGCAGAAAUAUUAUAG